UCCUGAGUGCUGGGUGGCUUCCGGAAGUUCUUACAACCCUCGCUCUUUUUCGUUGCUUGACCACCGCCAUCAUGGGUCGCAUGCAUGCUCCCGGGAAGGGCCUGUCCCAGUCGGCUCUGCCGUACCGCCGCAGCGUCCCCACCUGGCUGAAGCUGACAUCUGAUGAUGUGAAGGAGCAGAUCUACAAACUGGCUAAGAAGGGGCUGACUCCCUCACAGAUCGGUGUGAUCCUGAGAGACUCGCAUGGUGUUGCACAAGUACGUUUUGUGACAGGCAAUAAAAUCCUGAGAAUUCUUAAGUCCAAAGGACUUGCGCCUGAUCUUCCUGAGGAUCUCUACCAUUUAAUUAAGAAAGCUGUUGCCGUUCGAAAGCAUCUUGAGAGAAAUAGAAAGGAUAAGGAUGCUAAAUUCCGUCUGAUUCUGAUCGAGAGCCGUAUUCACCGGUUGGCUCGAUAUUAUAAGACCAAACGAGUCCUCCCCCCCAAUUGGAAAUACGAGUCAUCCACGGCCUCUGCCCUGGUCGCAUAAAUUUGUCUAUGUACUCAAGGAAUAAAAUCAUUGUUUAACUAGAAA